AUGGCUUCUGUGCAAGAGAAACUGAUCACCAGCGUUACAGAAGUCAAACCUGCUUCUCCAACAAGCAAGAUCACAAUUGUGGGUGUAGGCCAAGUUGGUAUGGCCUGUGCUGUCAGCAUCCUUCAGAAGGUAUGUUCCAAAUAUAGAUUCAGUGUGUGGAGGAACAAAUGCUAAGCAUGUGACUAGUCUAUGUGCAGUGUGACCUUGAAAACACUAAAGGGAAAGCAAAAAGCUAAGCUGUCAGCUAAUAGCAUAAAAGAUUAUUUUGUGAUUAGUUUAGAAUGGAGAUGUAGUGGUGCAUCAAGCAGAACAGUGGAGCAAUAGCCAUGAAGAAAAAAUAUGGAAUGUUCUACUCAUCCAUUCUGUCUCUUUGCUGAUUGCUCCAUUGCCAGAACUCUUCCACAUUUCUUUUCUUAAAUCUGUUCUAAGUGCUGUUUGUAUCCAGGGCACUUGAGUGGCCAGUGUUGCAGAGCAAUGCAGUGUUCGAAAAAGACAAUCCUAGUUCUAGUCCUUUAUUUUGGUAUGGAGCCCAACAAAAGUACAUUUAAGUUUAAAUGCCCUUUGGAAUGAUCAUUGGUAAAUUAAAUAGUAUAUUAUACAUUCUCUACUUGGGCAGAGGUUGAAAAUAACAUGACAAAAUGUUGUACUGUUGCUACGUUCCAAGUCAAAAUAUAAUGUCUUAUCUACAGCAUUGUGAUUCCUGUUCCUUAUGUGUAACUGUAUGAACUGGUGGUAAGCUCUGGGUCAAAAUUUUAUUGCUGUAAUGGACACUGUCCAUGCACCAUGCAAAACCCUCUGGAUUUUCAGCUUUGCAUGGUUGGAUAAAUGAUGCCCAGGCCCAUAUUUGACACUUAUUUGUCACUGUCGUGGGUGUUUAUUUUUUUGUAGUAAUCAAAAAAAUAUUUGCAUUCAAAUUUCAUGUGCUAUGCUAUUAGCCAAUGCAACGUUGCUUGCUAUUGAGUGUAAAUAUCACACAUUAGAUUCCGGGUAAGUAAUCUGUUAGUCUACAGAUGUGUUAAAAUGAAAACAAAAAACUGUAUUUGAGUAUUAUUUACAAACCAGAGGCUUGCUGAUCUUUUAAUGAAAUUAUCCUGAUUAUAGAAGGGCUGUCAAUCUUCUCUACCUAAAAUAACUUUCUUUUAUAGGAAUUACCAGAUGAGUUGGCAUUGGUUGAUAUAUUGGAAGACAAACUGAGAGGUGAAAUGAUGGAUCUGCUGCAUGGUAGUCUUUUCCUUAAAACACCCAAGAUUGUAGCUGAUAAAGGUAGGUUUGUGGCCCUGGUCAAUGUCUGAUUACUUAGACUUACACUUGCAUAUAACUUGGGUAAAAAAGAUAUUGGAAUGAAACUGGCUGGCAGCUUUCACAGCUCUUAGUAUGCCACAGUUCUGCUCAGAUCAUGAGUUUACUGGCAUUUAUAUUUAUGUUGUUAUAAAGCUUAGUUAAACCACUCACUGGAGCCUUUUCUGUGAUUGCUAAUAUGUACAGCUAUUAUUAGGAAAACUGUAAAAUGCUGCAUAUUAAUAAAGUUGAUAAAUAUUAUAUAAUCAGUUUGCACUUUCAUUCAUAGUGCUGUUUUUUUCCUCCCAGAUUAUUCUGUAACUGCCAACUCUAGAAUUGUAGUGGUAACUGGUGGGGUUCGUCAGCAGGAAGGCGAAAGCCGUCUAAACUUGGUUCAAAGAAACGUCAAUGUCUUCAAAUUCAUUAUUCCUCAAGUUGUGAAAUACAGCCCUGACUGCAUCAUAAUUGUGGUUUCCAAUCCAGGUAUGACUGUUCACUGGCAUGCAUUGAUCUACCUUAAAACUUUCCAAGAACAGUAGUCUGCAGCUGGUCUAAGUAAGAACUUGGUCCAUGUUUUUUAUCUUCAGGAAUGAGGUAAUAGACUUCAUGCUGAACAAACUGGACUUGGGCACAAAAGUGUUUUGAUCCGUCCAGGAUUAACCUGGGAAGUCUCAUUAUUGAGUAAGACACCACAGGUAAAUCCCAGACGGGCCGAUUCAUUUGAAUUUAGAUUAAAAGGAAUUUUGAUGUCUGUUUUAGACUUGUGCAUAAGUGUUUUCCGCUAGUUCAAUCACAAAACUAUUCAACUGAGUCAUCCUCCUGGUAGAUCAACAUCGGCAUUUUUACUUCAUAGCAAAAGUACCCCUAUGUAAAACUUUUUCUUUUUUUCUGUGUAUUGACCUUUUACUCCAGUCCAGGAUAAAGUGACAUUUCUCUCUAUACAGUGGACAUCCUGACCUAUGUUACAUGGAAACUGAGUGGCCUGCCACAAAACCGUAUUAUUGGAAGUGGAACUAAUUUGGAUUCUGCAAGAUUCCGCUAUCUGAUGGCUGAGAAGCUUGGGGUCCAUCCUACUAGCUGCCAUGGCUAUAUUUUGGGCGAGCAUGGAGAUACAAGUGGUAAGAACUGUACCAUAUGUACAAUGUGCAACUUGUGAUCUGUUGUGCUCUUUAUGACCAUUUUUGUUUGUUCUUAUAUUUCAGUGGCAGUCUGGAGCGGUGUUAAUGUUGCUGGUGUAACACUUCAGUCCCUUAACCCUGAGUUAGGCACAGCCCAGGAUAGUGAGAACUGGAAAGAUGUUCACAAGCAAGUAGUUGACAGGUAAUGUAUGCAAAUGUCUCUGCCUGUGAAUAAAAACUUGAGUCAAGAUCAGUACCAGGAAAAAAUACCCACAUUAUUCCAGCAGUACUGCUAUUUUAUAUAUAGACUGCAUGCAGAGCAAACUAGUUAUGCUAGGGUCAACUAGUUAAAACACAUUUUAUGGUACAUAUAAAAGGGACAUUGCUUGAAUUUUUGACAUUUUGUUAUUAUUAUUGCCAUUGUUGUUCUAAAUGCUGUUAACCAAGGACCAUCUAAAAAUCUGGAAGGUUUGUGUUUUUAAUACACUAGAUGCUUAGAGUUGAAUAUUUAGUCCCCAGGCUGUUUAAUUAAUGAACCAAAUACCUGAUCAAUGAAUUUGAGUCCCUGGGUACCUGCUGCCUGGACCCCUGUAAAGGAAUGUCUAAAGCAGUUAUGCUGCACUUGACCCAUUACCAAAUCUCAGCUGGUGCUCUCGGGCUGUCACUGGUUUGGCAUAAGGUGAAAUGUAACUCUGCCUUAGUCAAUCAGUCAGAGGAGCCCAGGCAAGCAUAUGAUGUAUAAACAUGAUCAAAUCUAGACUGUCCAGUUUCUGGCAUUAUAAACAGUCUGUCAGAAAGAAGUGUUUUUCUUUUCAAGAAUUGUACUGCUUUAUAUUGUUAAAAUAGCUUAUCCCACCGCAUUAUCUAACUUCUAGUGCCUAUGAAGUGAUCAAAAUGAAGGGAUACACCAACUGGGCUAUUGGCUUCAGUGUCGCAGAUUUGGCGGAAUCCAUUGUGAAGAACUUGUCAAGAGUCCAUCCUGUGUCUACAAUGGUCAAGGUAUGAAGCUUCAUGUUGCCGGCCUUGUCGCAUGAGUAACAAGUUCUAUGUCAGUCCUACCUGAUUGGGAUGUUCUUGUGGAAUCUUUUGGACAUCUCAUUACUGGUCAACAGUGAGCCUAUUCUGUUUUAAACACAUAGUUGCAUUUGAAUUGAACUACUUUACUAGUAUGAUUUCAACUAGUCAAUUCUGAAUUAACAUUGGUGGAAUUAUACAUAAAACUCUAGUGAGAAGCAGAAAUGAUAUGCAGAUGGAAAAAUAAACAACAGUUACACUGAACUUCUUUAUUUUUGUUUAGGGAAUGUACGGCAUAGAAAAUGAAGUUUUCCUGAGUCUGCCAUGUGUACUCAACUCAAAUGGCCUGGUGUCCGUCAUUAACCAAAAGCUGAAGGAUGAUGAAGUUGCCCAACUGCAGAAGAGUGCAAACAUAUUGUGGUCUAUCCAGAAAGAUUUGAAAGAUCUGUAA